AUGAAAAUUGGAGACAUGGAUCAUGGAUAUCAAAACACAGGAAGAACACAUGUAAUUUAAAACAAUUUUAAAUUAAACUACUGUUAUAAUUCAUUUUUUAAUAACUCGUAUAUUUGAUCAAUUGCAGUUUGGAACAAAUCCUCAACAAUUGGUAACACAUUCAUUUUGCGACAGAGCAUCACCGGUGUCUCCCGUUACAAAUAUCGGAGCGUAUGCUCCUUUUGUACACCAUUUAAAAGAUGACCCUAAUAUGAAUUCGUUGCAACGCAAAGCACAAGUCAAAUUAAAUACUAUGCCGUGAGUAAAAAUCAUUUGAUAUUUUUUAUAUAAAUAUUAAAAUUAUAAUAUUACAAUAAUAACAUUCAAAUUAGUUAAAGGAACUAAUAUUAUACUGUAUUAUUUUAUCCAGACCAUUUUGAAUCUUAAUUCAUAAAAUUAAUACUAACUAAAUUAAUUAACGUCUAAUUUACAAUGAAUAAAAUAAAAACUAAAUACAAUAAAAUAAAGUAAUACUUGUGUGCCAUAUCAUAAGCAUAGUCAAAUCUAUGGCACACAGGGAUCUGAAGUGUUGAAUAAAUUUAAUAUCUUAAUAAUAAAAUAGAAACAAUAUUAUAUAAAUAUUUGUAUUCCUGAAUUUAGAGAAAAUAAAACUAUAAAAAAUAUAGUUAUUUGACUGAUUAUUCCAUUUAAUUUACUACCUUAAAAGACUAUGAAACAAAAAAAUUACUGAUUCAAUUAUUAGAUAGUUAAUUAAUAUAACUAUCGGUGAUACUAAAAUUUGUAUAUGUGGAUUCGUUGAGUCUGAGUGAGAUAGUUGUGUGAUAUCACAAGAUCACACCAUGCAUCUGCAGUUUAUAAUUUUAAACAGAAAUUGUAAUUGCGUUAUAGGUUAUUUAUUUAUCUUUUUAUAUUAUUAUAAUAUAUGUUAUAUUCAACAAAAAUAAAAAAUUAAGACAGUUAUCAUAGGUUUGUGGGUUUUCCUGAAUAGUGGUGUUUGUUUUGUUGUUUUAAAGUACAUUUAAAAUUAAUUUAAUUAUUAUUAUACACUCUUGGUCUACUGAUCAAGUAGUAGUAAACCUAAUACAUUUAUUUUAUAAACAUCAAUCGUUUCCAUUCAUUUUAUAAUGAUCCUCUAUUUAUACUCAAAUUUUUUUAUUUAUUUUUUUGAAUAUCAGUCAUAUCAAUAUCGUUCACAGUGGGCUCAAAACUAUAUGGGUUAUUAAGAUAUUUCAAUAUUUGUAAUACGCUGUCAAAAUAAGAAUUUAACAAAUAAAAACUAUUAUAAAACUUAUUUAGUUUAUGUAAGAAUAAUCUUAUAAUAUAAUAUAUACCCAUAAAUAUUUCAACUUUAUAUGAAAUAUGUAGGUAAUUAACAAAUUUUCAUGAUUAAUAAUUAUUAUAAUUUAUUGUUUUACAUCAUUUUUGUUUUUUUUGUUUUUUCGUUUCAUAACCCUUAAAGUAGCAAUUUCUUUAUUAGUAAUUAUUAUUUUGAUUUUUAUAUUUAUUUAUUAAGUUAAUAUUAUUAUACAUUGUAUGCCAAAAUAUUCAGCUCUUAUUAUGUGAGAUGAAAAGAAAAUAUUUAAUCAUUUUUCUUAAUGUAUAUUUUUACUAUUUCAUGUGUUUAUAAGACGGACACAACAAAUGCAUGUGUAGCAUCUUUUUAAUUUUAUAAUUAAUAAUUGUUUGAUAUAAUUUUACAUAUUUGACUACAAAAAUACUAUUUACAAUUAUUUUAUUUAAUUAAGUACUUGUUUUAAAUUAUUAUUGGUGUAAUACUUAGAUGGUUUCAUGGAAAAAUAUCAAGAGAUUUGGCUGAAGACUUGUUAACCCCAAAAGAGAAUGGUUUGUUUCUGGUAAGAGAGUCCACUAAUUACCCAGGAGAUUAUACACUUUGUGUUUGUUACCUUGGAAAAGUUGAACAUUACAGAGUAAAGUAUAAAGAUAAUCAUUUAACAAUUGACGAUGAAGAAUUUUUUGAAAAUCUUUCACAAUUAGUAGAAGUUAGUAAUCAUAUUAUAUUAAGUAUACAAAAAAAAAAAAAAUUAAAUUUAUCAACAUAAAAAUUCUCAAAUACAUUAUGAGGAAAUUUUACUAGUUUUGGAGCUCUUCUGCUCAUAGGUAUAAUGGCUAUCAAUAAUAAUAACUUUUUUAUUAUUUGACAUAUAGCAUUACCAAAACGAUGCUGAUGGGCUGUGUACACAAUUAAUCAAAUGUCUGCCUAAAAAAGGUAAACAAGAAUUUUGCAUUGACACUAAAUCCUUUAUUGAUGCUGGAUGGGUUAUACAAGAACAUGAAUUACAGGUUUGAAAGAAUAAUGUAUAUUAUAUAUUUAAUUUUUUAUUAAAUUAAAUUGUUUAUUUUAUUCUAGUUAAAUGAAACAAUUGGCAAAGGAGAAUUUGGUGAUGUUUUAUUAGCAAUGUACAGAGGAGAAAAAGUAGCUGUUAAAAUGCUUAAGGAUUCUAGCGUAGAAGCCCAAAAAUUCCUCACAGAAGCUUUACUCAUGACGUAAUUAUAACAUAUUAUGUUUGAUGUUAAGGGUUAUUAAAAACUUAUUAUUAUAAAAGCAACUUUAAUUUAAAACCACUAUAUGCUUAAAAAUUAAUAUUCUAUUAUUAUUAUUUCCAUAAACAUAAUUUAUCUAACUAAGAAAUUUAUUUAAAUUUAUAUUACUACUCUAUUAUUUUAUAAUAUAUUUGCUUUUUUUUGAAAAUAUUUAAUGUAUUAUUAAAUUGUAAUUGUUUUAUAGUUCUUUACGGCACGAAAAUUUAGUUGAACUACUAGGACUAGUAUUAAAUGAAAAACAUUUGUUACUGGUUACUGAGUACAUGGGAAAAGGAAGUCUUGUUGAGUAUUUACGUUCGAGAGGAAGACUUCAUGUAACUAAAAAAGAUCAAAUUAAUUUUGCAAAGUAAGUAGCAUAUUUAUAUAUAAAUCUGAGCAAAAUUACUGGUAGAAAAAUUGUUCACAGAUAAAAAAAUAAACAUUAUUGUAAAACCAAUUCAUUUCUCACUCCACUCAGAAUCUGAAACUAUUAUCUUUCUACAACAGAUAGUUCUGAUGCUCCCAUGAAUGUUUAUACAGAAUGGCUUCACUUAAAUUGUUUUAUAAAUUCAUAAUAUUGAAGUUAACCUAAUCUAUGGUUUUUUUUUAGUGACACUUGUAGUGGUAUGGAAUACUUGGAGUAUAGAAAAGUUGUGCAUAGAGAUUUAGCUGCUCGUAAUGUAUUGAUAUCAGAAGCUGGAGUGGCCAAAGUUGCAGAUUUUGGACUAGCGCGGGAAGAAAAUUAUAUUGUAGAUGCUGGAAAACUGCCCAUUAAGUGGACUGCACCUGAGGCCCUUAGACAAGGAGUAAUUUGUAAUAAAAAAAAUUGUAUAUAUUAUAUUUAUUUUCAAUUUUUUUUUUCAGUUGUUCUCAAAUAAAUCAGAUAUGUGGAGUUUCGGAGUUCUAUUAUGGGAAAUUUAUUCAUUUGGUCGAGUUCCGUACUCAAGAAUAGUAAGUACUACAAAAUUUUCGUCAUAUUUAUCAUUAAAAAUAUUCUUCUUCUCCUUUGCCUUCAUCUCAACUAUUUAGAGGCGUCCACUGUCAUUCCUAUACUUUCAAUUGACCAGUUAUCAUAUCUUACAUACAUCGGCUAUCCACAUAUCACUCAAAAUUGCAUCCAACUAUCUCCUUAUCAGUUUUCGUCUUCUAUUUUGUUCUGUGUUUAUUAUCAUUACAAUGCUUACUGUUAUCAUAGAAGAAUAUUAAUAAAUUAAAACUUUUUUUUUUAAACAGCCAUUGGUCGAUGUAGUAAAGCAUGUAGAAAAAGGCUAUCGCAUGGAAGCUCCAGAGUGCUGUCCUCCUGAAAUUUAUGAAAUCAUGAGACAAGUAAGACUAUUGCAAUGACAUAGUUAUUGAAUGGUGAUUUUAAAUGAUAAUAUCUAUACUGUUUGUUAUUUAUAGGCAUGGGACUUAUUGCCAGAACGGAGACCAACAUUUAAAGAUGUUAAAAUAAAAUUAGCACAGUUAAAAGCCGUAACUAUUAAUUAA